AGUCCACUAGAUAAGCUCAGUCUGUGCAAGUUCGGUAUAUUGUGUGUUUGUGUUAUUGUGUCUAUAUCGCUCCCAAACGGGUUCAGUAUCAACAAUCAACAUCCGUCGUCGAAUAGAAAAAUUACGAAAUCAUGUACCAACGAGAACGAUCUUUUUAAAUGUGAAGUUUCGUCUGAAUUCCAUUAAUUUCUGUCGUUAAAAUAGGGUUACGGUAGCGAGAAUGAAAGAAAAUGGGUGUGCGAUGGUUUUUCUUGUUGUGGAUGUUUUUUUGUGUCUGUACUCUCAGAUUUAUAUCUGUAACGGCUCAAGAGUUCACCAUGUGCGACAUCCAACAGUGUCACUGCACAAUUAAAGCAGCUUCUUGGAAAAUUGUUAAUUGCAGUUUACAUGAAGGACAGAUAGUAAACUUUGAAAACGCCAAAGUUCCAAAUGAAGCAGUCGAAAUUUAUGUCACAGGUGGACGAGAAAUCACAUUUGCCUCGAAAACUUUCAACGGAAUCCGUGGACUGUCUUUAAUUUAUAUAGAUGGAACUCAAAAGAUAGUUAUGGAAAAUAAAUCAUUUUAUCACAUUACCUCUUCUAGUCUACUAAUUCAAAUAAAAAACUGUGAUGAGUUAAUUAUUAAGACUGGUGCUUUCGAUUAUUUACAGAGUUCUGUCUCUACAGAAGUUUUUGAUGUAAAUUUUGUAAGCAUUGAAUCAGCUGCUUUCUGUCAACUAUAUAACAGUACUUUUAAAAAUGUGAGAUUAUUGAAAUUACAAGAAAGGGCAUUUGACUUCAAAAACGAAAGAAAUAAAGCAGCUACAGGACCUGUAUCUGUCAUAAUAUUCGAAAAUGUCGAAAUUCAAAAAAUACCUUCAGAAGUAUUCUUAACACCGUUGGCAAGUGUUUCAUUCCAUAAUUGUAAAAUUGGCGAGAUAUUACAAGAUGCUUUCAAGGGAUUCCAAAUAUCUUCAAUUAUCAUGGAUGAUACAACCAUAAAAAACAUCCACGAAGGAGCUUUCACUGGAAGAACUCUCAUUUGCGAUUUCAAAAUUUCCAAUUGCAGUGUAUCUACAUUACAUUCGAACGCCAUUCUUGCAGCAGUCGGCAACUUUUCCUUGAGCCAUUCCAUUGUUACAGAUAUAGAAUCGGGUGCCAUAAACGCUACAGUUGCAAGAAGUGAGAUCUGCAAUAAUGAAAUAUUCAAUAUUCAUCCAACAGCUAUUGUUAUAAAUAAUUGGAACGUCAUUGAUAUGGAAAACAAUAUAAUAAAACAUCUUUAUGCUAACUUCUUAUUACCGUUAAAAGGAGCUGAUAACGAGAAGCUUUCAUUUAAAGGAAAUGAAAUUUAUAACAUGGACGAAACUGCUUUAGGUUUUUUAUCGAACGUAGAUACUAAUAUUUUAACAUUUGACGAUAAUUUUUUCAAUCAAACUUGUGAUUGUUUCAUCGAUGCUUGGAUAGAGAAAAUAGCCAAUAGCAAUCAGCUUAGAUUAAUUAAAGAAACCAGUUUUUGUACAGUUAAUGCGUAUUUAUCGAACUGCUUUUCUCUUCCAAUCGGUAUAAUCAAUAUACAAAAUUUUACAGAAAAAUCUUGUAAAAAUUUAACAGUUUGUGAACCCUAUGAAGGAAAAACGAGAAUAGUAGAUACUACAAGUAAAAUAUUCGUAGAAGAAGACGAUUCUGCUAAGCAGAGCUGGUUAAUUUUCAUGAUUACCAUCAUAAGUCUCUUUAUAGUAGCCAUAGUUGUCACUUUUAUAAUAUUAUUAAUACGAGGUGGUAGAUGGUUGAAAGAUAAAGGUUAUUUCAGGAACGUCCAUUACAAUAACAAUGAUUUAAGUAUAGAAGAAGGCACUGUAGUCACAGUAGAUGAAAACGAAAAAUUAGAAAUUCCAGAUGAAUUAACUUUGGAAUUCCUUCAAAUUCUAUCAAAAAGAUUAGAUGACCCUGCAACUCACCAAGACGCUUCAGAAAUGAUUGAAAGAUUGUACGAGAUGUUCAUAAUCGAAGAUGGUUACGAAAACAAUAACAGACAAGAAGAAGAAGCACACCUGUAUGAAGAACUUGGAAAUUUGAAUCUACAAAUCCCACCUCCACCUUAUGAAGAAGAUAGAGAAUCGGCAGCAGGAGCGAGAAGUAUUUUAAAAUUAAUGGAGGAAAAAUUUUCCCAACAGGUAGAUGUAAAUAAUGGUAUUGGAAAACCACCCGUAAUGAGUGAUUACUCGGAACCAACAGACGCGGCUGUACAUCUUUAUUCAGAAUUAAAAAAUAAAGGUGAAAAAUCAGAUAACAAAGGUAGUACAGACUGUUUAAAAUCAAACGAAUCAUUAAAUAAUUCGAAAAAUGAUUGGCUUUCCAAACCAGGACCAUCAACUAAAUUAUAAUAAUUUUAAUCUUGUGAUUCAAAAAACUUUUCUAUUAGUAAAUUUUUACGUUGUAAAUAUUUUUAUGUCUUUUUAUUAUAUUUUAAUAUCAUGAAAAUAUUCACGUGCUUUUAAUUUGAUAACUUAUCUAAAAAUGUUGAUAGAACCAAAACUAUACUUUUUCUGCUGAAACGAAUUAUUUCUCAUCAAAAUAUGUAUUACGAGAUCUGACAAUAACAAAACAGAUUAUGUAAAAAUUAUAUGAUCUCCUUUAAAGUAAAUCCCUUCCAUACUAAUAGUGUAGUAUCAGCAAUUUAUUAUUUCAGUGGAACCUCCAACGUUCGUUUCCUUUACGACGUUUUUGAUUGUAGGAAAAGAAAGAAAUCACAGGGCAAUAGAUCUGUCGACUGUUUUGGUGACACUAGACCCUUUUUCGAAGAUAAAAACUGCGAAUUCCUCCACACGCAGGGUUGUUUCUCAUUUAUUGUUACCAGUAAAUAAAAAAAAGCAACAUAAUACAAUAUUCUGUUUCAAUAAACACUCAUAGGAAAGAGUGGGUAAGAACUAAAUAUCAUACUAAUAAAUCAGCACGAAAAGAUUUUAACUUCCUAACGGUUUUUCGUUCUACAGAUUUUCCACCUUUUCAAACAAUUUUCUGCAAUUAUUCCAGUGUUAUUCUUUGUACAAAAUUUCAUGAUAUUUACAAGAAUUAUAAAACAUAGUGAAUAGUAUAUUCGACACCAAUUAUUACCUUUGUUAUUUCCACACCCCAAAGCAAAUGUUCUUGAUUUUUCUGCGACAGACCCAAACUACCUUAAAAACUUUCUGCAGGAAUUACAUUAUUUUUUGUGCAUUAUUUGUGGAUUUGCGGCGUUUCCCCGAAGUUUGAAGGCAUUUAAAAGACAUAUUAAUUAGGAAAAAAAUAAAAAUACAUAUAUAAUAUUAAAUAAGUAAUAUUUAAUAAUCAUAAAACAAAUACUUAAUGUAUGGUCUUAGCCUACAAACCAAUUGGAAUGUACCAUAACAUCUUAAAUAGAUUAAAUUAAAUUAUAACAAGCAAUGUAUGAAAAAUAAUAACUUUGGAGGUAACUAUUUCUGACAUUUGCUUAUGUUUAUAUGCUGGCUUAAAGCUUUUAUAAAAACUACUACUAUAUUUGCAUUAUAAAGCCGUUUAUAAAAAUAUUUUGUUACCUUUAUAGCCAGCUGGAGGUCCAUUGAUCAUAACAUAAGCUAGUUUGUCAGUAGUGUCUACCUCCUCUAGGUCAGAGGUUGGUCGUUUCAGCAUUACAGAAGCAAUUACUGAGCCCCAAUUUUCACAAAUAGCUUCUGAGACAGGUAUAGUUAAUAUAAAUUUUAAAAGCCCAAUAGCUAGAGGAUAUUUAGGUUUAAGAUCAGUGACAGCAAGUUUUAAAUAGAUACUCUAAGUCUGGAACAUAUCCACCAAGUAUACUUGAGCUUAGUGUUUCCAACAUCCACUGUAACAACUGCUUAUAAUCAAAAAACAAUUGGUUUCUGUCAAUCAAGGGCAGGAAAUCAUAGCCACAAACAAAAUAUUCUGCAAGUAAGUUUACAUUGUCGUUUUUUCUUAGUAACAUGCGAAAUUUUGUUUGUGCGAGCUGCAACCUGCAGGCCUCUUCCUCGUUCUACGACAAUGUUCGCUUUGGGCCCUCCACACCUAUAUAAAAUGGUUCAAAUUCGAAAUUUGAAUCAAAUAAAAUUAAAACAAUUUUAAUAUGAAAAUAUUUUACUUUUAUAUUUUUAAUUUGAAUAACUCUACAUAAUAUUCAUUAGGCGUAUUUAAAAGUUAAACAGGUUUUUGGAUAAUGAAUAUUUUUAUACUGGGCUGAUUAUGUAAUACCAGAUGAAAAACAUUGAAUGGUGUCCAAUAAAAUAAUUUUAUGGGAAGGCUAUUAACAAUGAAUGAUUGGCACAUGAUCAAGUGAAAUUUCGUCACUGUUGUUCUAAAUUUUCAAAUUAUCUGCCAGUAAUAACAUUUCAUAAUAAAUAAUUCGUAUUCAGCAAACAAAAUUAAAAAAUAAUUACCACGAGUUUUUAAAAGUACAUCAGCUUUUUUUUAAAUAUAUUUCUAUGGAAAAUUUACCUAAAAUUGUUCCAAAAUUCGAUUGUGUGAUUUUUCUAUUCAGAUUAAGCAAUUCUGCAUGUAUUAAGCAAAAGUCUGUGGGUUUGAUUUAAAAUUGGUGAAAAUUUUCACUACUCAUUUUUACUAUAGUUUAGAAAUCCUAUUAAUUCAUAUAUCAAAUUAUCAAAUGACCAGAUAUUUCUUUUCAUGGUUAGUUCAGAAAGGAAAGAAAAACAUCCUCAAUAUACAUUUUUCUACACUCCACAAAACGAGAAUACAUUGAUACAUUGAUUAUUUUAAUGACGAAUUUAUUUAUGAUGAUAUCCGAAAUAAUCAAAAGAAUGACGAACCCCGCUACUAUUUUCAGCCAAUGCAAAAUUAUUUCACCACAGCACGCGCCAUCUAGGCACUCAUUUUUGACUAUAUUUAACUCAAAUUUUAAACAAUAGGUGGUGUUGACUAAGUUAACAACAUGGAUUAUAAAUAUUUCUGUACUUCUCAUUGAGAAUAUUCAUUGUUUAGGUUAUUAAACCUUUCUUUCCAUUAUUUUGAAUUAAUCUCAUAAAAGUCUAAUUAAAUUUUUUGAAAUACUCAAAUUUAGUUAUGUUACGUUGUUCUUAAUGGUGCCCUAUAUAAGAAGUAAGGGACUUUUUUAUAUAUUUUAUAUACCUAUUCUUAUGUAGUUCAAUUACUUCGUAUAUUUAAAACAAUAAGGGAAUAAUAUAAUAUAGAAAGGGAAUAAAUGAUUUAAAUGCUAUGAAAGAAAAUAAUAUUGAACGAAUUUUGAAAUAUAUGUUUAAGAAAUAAUGAGAAACUCUGAGAAGAUGUAUGUAUGAUUGCCUUUGAAGCCACAAUUCACUGUAUAUCAAAACGGUUGCUACACUCCAAGAGUUUUUUUCUGUUGUUAUAUAUUACAACAAUAAAAUGUUAAAUUUUUAAUUCCAUUCCAUUUAACAUGUUGAUUUUUUUUGCCAAUCAAUUCUAUAAUUAGAGGUAGAAAAAGUUUGCCAUUUUUUUAUCCAACAAUAUUUUUGUUGUUGUUUAAAACAUAAUUUGGAAAUGUUUCAUCAUUCCCGUGUAUAGAAGAAUAUUUAUCAAGUUCAAAGGUCAAAAAAAUGAGUUUUUCGCGAUUUUCGGCAAAACGGUAAGGUUUAUCAUAUCUACAAAAUACAGAUUAAUAUUAAUUUUCCCGUUUUUGAGAUAUAAUGAUUCAAAAAGUUGUAAUCGUCAGAAUAUGCACGUUUCCACGCCACCUAUAAGGUAGUGUACUUAGCGAUUUUUUUUUACGUGGUGUCUCCAGUAGGCCUUUUAUACUGUUGUGAUCAUACUAAUUUAAAACUAUUACUAAAUAGUGUAACUUACCAGAGAUUGAAAGAUGAAAGCGAUUUAAGUAAAAAAAAAUUGUGAAAUUUAAUCGUUCCAGUCGUAAUUUUCAAAUUCCUUUUCUUGUUCUUCUUCUUUUUUAUCUUCAUUCUGAGUGCGUCACUAGCGAUGUAUCGCACGUCGCCUGUUGGAGUCAAACGGAUCCUCCACUGUUAGAAAUUAAAUAUUAGACCACGACCGGCCUUGAUAAGGUUUUCAUACCAAAGAACAAAACAGUCCGGCUUUUUUACAACCACAUUUGUCACUGCAUCCCUUUUUUUAAAAAUUGAGAGUAAAAAUUACAACUUAUAUUUUAUAUAUAUUUUAUAUUUUAAGUAUAAGUUACAAUGAUAGAUACAAAAUAUUUUAACAUACUCGUAAAUUAUAACUCUAAGAGAUGUAUAUCCCUGGCGUAUUCAUGUAUAUUAUGGCGAUUACAACUUUUAUAACUUUUUGAAUCAUAUUUCAGAAACCGUGGCUCGUAGGAAAAAGAGUAUUGAUAUAGUUUUUGUAGAUAAUUUUAUGAUCUAUAAUUUUUGUCUGAUAUAUUUUUAUGACAAACAUUACCGUUUUGCUUAAAAUCGCGAAAAACCCAUUUUUUUGACCUUUGAUCAUGAAUAAAAUUUUUUUCCAUACAUUGAAAUAAUGGGAAACUUAUUUUUAAUUAUAUUUUAAACAAUUAUAAUGAUUUUUUCAACUUUGUAAGCAUUUAUGUAGCUUCACUCUUAUUUUUUGGUCUAAUUUAACCAGACUACAAGUCAAUAUUGUUAAUAUAUUUUCUAUUUCUAAUCAAAUAUCUUCAUAUAAAAACAGUCUUCUUAUUCUUAUAACGACAUAGUCUCAAAUUUAGCAUUGACAUAUAUCAUUAACAAAAUAUUUUGUACCGCUAGUGCAUUUUGAUCAACAACUAUUUACUUUAUUUUUAUCCAUUCUCAUAAUUAGAAUGCAAUGAAUGAACUAAUCUACCUUUUUAUUCUGUAUAUAGUUUUAAAUUAAUGUAUCUAUAUGUAAGAAUUAAUAAACAAAUUCACUAAAUAAAAAAUGAUUAAAUAAUGUAUGCAUAACUUGGUGAAAUAUUUAUUUUCUUUAUAAGAAGCUUCAUUUGAACAACAAGAAAUUUUCGAAGUUGCUAUUCGUUAUUUGAUAAUAUCGAAUUUGACUAAAAUUUCAAUCACAGGUUCUAGAAACUACAUUGUUUAAAAACUUGUCUAUUAGACUUAAAUCUGCCUUAUUAGGGUAUGUUGGUAGUCUCUUCAAAUAUAAAAAAACUUCUUCAAGUUUAGGUAAUAGUUUAAGCAUAUAUUAUAUAUUUAAAAAAUAUAUGUAAUAAAUUUGUUACUUAAAAUUUAUAUGUAUGAGGAUAUUUUCCUUAUAAGUUUAAAUGUCAUCUAAAAUUAUCGCAAGAAUCGUCUUGCCUUGCUGUGAUAAUGUUGUGUUAGUUGUAUAUUUUGUAUUUUAUCUAUCGAUUCUACAUAAUUUUUUUAAAUAAAAGUUGUAACUACAA